UGCAGCCCGCGCUCUGCUCGCCGCGCCGCUCCCCGCCCCCCGCUCUCCGGACCCGGUCCCAUCGCGGCUACGGGGGGCCGCUCUCGGGGGGCCUCAUGGCCGAGGGGGACGCAGGGAGCGACCAGAGGCAGAAUGAGGAAAUUGAAGCAAUGGCAGCAAUUUAUGGCGAAGAAUGGUGUGUCAUUGAUGACUGUGCCAAAAUAUUUUGUAUUAGAAUUAGCGACGAUAUAGAUGACCCCAAGUGGACACUUUGCUUGCAGGUGAUGCUUCCUAGUGAAUAUCCAGGUACAGCUCCACCUAUUUAUCAGCUGAAUGCUCCUUGGUUAAAAGGGCAAGAACGUGUGGAUUUAUCGAACAGCCUUGAGGAAAUAUAUAUACAGAAUAUUGGUGAAAGCAUUCUUUACCUGUGGGUGGAGAAAAUAAGAGAUACUCUGAUACAAAAAUCUCAAUUGACAGAACCAGGCCCAGAUGUAAAGAAGAAAACGGAAGAGGAAGAUGUUCAGUGUGAAGAUGAUCUCAUUUUAGCGUGUCAGCCAGAAAAUCCAGUUAAAGCAUUGGAUUUUGAUAUCACUGAAAAUCAACCAGAAAUAGAAGAAUUACCUCCAAUUGAUCAUGGAGUUCCUAUUACAGACCGAAGAAGUACCUUUCAGGCACACUUGGCUCCAGUAGUUUGUACUAAACAGGUGAAAAUGGUUCUUGCCAAAUUGUAUGAGAAUAAGAAGGUAGCCAGUGCCACUCACAACAUCUAUGCCUAUAGAAUAUAUUGUGAAGAUAAGCAGACCUUUUUGCAAGACUGUGAGGAUGAUGGGGAAACAGCGGCUGGUGGACGUCUUCUUCAUCUCAUGGAGAUUUUGAAUGUGAAAAAUGUCAUGGUGGUAGUAUCACGCUGGUAUGGAGGAAUUCUGCUAGGACCAGAUCGUUUUAAACAUAUCAACAACUGUGCCAGAAAUAUACUAGUGGAGAAGAAUUAUACAAGUUCACCUGAAGAAUCAUCUAAGAGUUUGGGCAAGAACAAAAAAGUAAAAAAAGACAAGAAGCGGAGUGAACAUUAAUACUUGAAACUAUAUGAAAGGUUAAUUUUUCUAUAAUUACAAACAUAUUCUACAGUCAUCAAGGAAUAUAUGACCCUGGCUGCUCAAGUCAGCCAAUUCAUCAUGGACACCAGCAUUAUCUUCUUUAGUUUUAUCAUCUGCCAAAAAUACAGAAUUUAGAAUAUAUUCAUGUGUGUUUUAGGCUUUUUGGGAAGAACUAGUUUGUGCUUAACCAUUAAUUUAUCUAGUUUUAGGAAAGUGACAGUUGCCCAGGCUAGUGUCUGAAUUACUGCUUCACUUAAGUACAUGUCAAGUGCCUUUGUUAGGUGGGGAAGAAGUGUCUCCAGAGGACUAUAAAUGCCUGAUUUCUUGUCAUUGGGAUUCUUGUACUGUUAAAUGAACAUUGCCUUUUCUGCUCUUUAUGGCUUAUUGGAACAGAAGCUCAUUGAAGAUUGAUCUUGGAGAAUUUCUUCCUGUGAUUUCAGUUCAAAAUGUGACAUUUUUCAUUUUAUAGUCUGAGUAAUAAGUGAGAAUCCAGAAGUAUAUAUCUAUAGUUAUGUGUUGAGGUGGCAAUUUAUCAAACUAAUUUGUUAGCUUAAGUAUUAUGCCUCAAUUUCUGUCACAAAUUUGUGAAUGUGAAAUUU